AUGUCCAACACUGCCCAGGCGCUCAAAUCCCUUCAGCUGAGGAAUAACUUGCCCAUCGCGGCACUGGCAGCGGCCUGCGAGCAAUACCCCAAGCCAGAAGGUCAUCUUUACUCGUAUGGCACUGCAGGGUUCAGGUCACACUCUAAAUGGUUCGAACCUGUCGUCUUUCGGGUCGGCGUGAUUGCAGCGCUCAGAAGCAAGCGUCACUCGUCGAAGUUCAUUGGCGUCAUGAUCACUGCUUCCCACAAUCCAGAGGACGACAACGGCGUCAAAAUCGUCGACCCGCGCGGGGAGAUGCUACAAACGGAAUGGGAACCGUACUGCACCAAGAUCGCUAAUGCCCCCGACCCGGCGUCUUUUAUCACCGCCCUGGAUGACCUUUGUACCAAGUUCAAGAUAGACGUAUCCAAGCGUUCAAAGGUCGUCUAUGCGUACGACACACGUCCUUCCUGCCCCGCCCUGGUUAAGGCCCUGCAGCUGGGACUGGCUGCCAUGGAGACCGAGACUAUCAACGAAGGUGUCCGCACGACCCCACAGUUGCACUACAUGACCCGUGCCCUCAACACUCAGGGAACGAAGGAUGACUACGGUGAGCCCAGCAUCCCUGGGUACUACAAAAAGCUCUCGAGCGCGUGGAAGCGUCUCAUCCGACGUCGGGAAGAGGGUUCUCUUCUCAUCGAUUGCGCCAAUGGCGUGGGCGCGAUCGCGAUGAAAGAGCUCCUCGAAUAUCUCUCCGAUGACUUUAAGGCAACCCUUGUCAACACGGACGUGUUCGUCCCAGGCGUGCUGAAUAACAUGUGCGGCGCCGACUAUGUCAAGACGAAACAGGAGCUUCCACCUUCCCUCAAGGGGGUACUCAAGGCCGGCCAACGUGGCUGCUCCCUGGACGGCGACGCCGACCGACUGAUGUACUAUUAUCUCGACGAGAAGAAUAUCUUUCACAUGCUUGACGGAGACAAGAUUUCAGCCCUCAUUGCGGGAUACUUGGUCGAAAAGGUCAAGCUGUGCGGUUUCAAGGAACCUCCAAGGGUUGGCGUGGUCCAGACUGCGUAUGCGAACGGCAAUUCUACCAAGUAUAUGCAGAAGACCAAGGCAUUGCCCCUUGUGUGUGUGUCAACUGGCGUGAAGCAUCUACAUCACGCUGCCGAAAAGUUUGGCAUCGGCGUCUACUUUGAGGCCAAUGGCCACGGCACUGUUUUGUUUUCCUCCGAUACCCUAGAGAACAUCCGGAAGCACGAGCCUCAGACUCCCACCCAAGACGACAAUACAAAAGACCUAAAGGCUCUCAUAGAUCUCAUCAACUCCACCGUUGGUGAUGCCAUCAGUGAUAUGCUCCUCGUUGAGGUAAUCCUGAAUCAUCUACGGUACGAUGCCCGGGCCUGGGACUCGCUCUACACAGACUUGCCCAACAAGCUCGUCAAGGUCAAUGUCAAGAACCGGGCUGACUUCCAGACCGAAGUCGCUGAGCGGCGUCUCACUCACCCAGCUGAACUGCAGAGGUUUGUGGAUUCCCAGGUGGCCAAGUAUCCCGAUGGCCGCGGAUUUAUUAGGCCGAGCGGCACCGAAGAUGCUGUGCGUGUGUACGCCGAGGCGGCGUCGAAGUUCGAGGCUGAACAACUUGCGAAUUACUUGGCUGGCUGGACCUAUGAUUUUGGAGGGAUGGACCCCGCGCAGCGUCCGAAGGAGUAUCUCCGCUGA